UUAUUAGCUCUUAAUUUAUCAAAUGUUAUAGAAAUUUCAUCUGAAAGUAAAAAAGCUAAAGUAGAAAUAUAUUUAAUUAACAAACUAAAAUUUUCAUCAGUUUUACAUAAAAUACUAAGGUCAAAAGCUUAA